ACUGUUGCUAGAUAUUUUCGUCGCCAUUGAGUCGGUGGGAUGGUUCGCCGUUGACUACUUAAUAGUAUUUUUGCUUCUGUGGAAAGUUUGUUUUCAUUCACCUUUGCAGUAUAUGCCGUUGUCCCCGUUCUAUUAAAAUGUGUUUCUGGUUAGAGUUUUUUAACUGUACAUUUUAGAAAGAUAUCGGUGCAGUUGGAGAUAGAGUGUACUAAAAAGAGAUGGAGAAGUCUUCCCUGGGGCCAAGGAAGAUUCUUCGUGCACCGGCCCUCCGGAGAGGGAGAGAGAUAGUUCCUAUAUCUGACAGGGUGAAGUUAGAAAGAGUAAUUGGACUAACAGUGUCAAACAAUGCUGCUUUUGACUGUGAUCCUAAUUCUAGCAUUGUUGCUUAUCCUGCUGGUUGUGUUGUUGUGCUGUAUAAUGUUCGAAAAAAUAAACAAAGCCACAUUCUCAGUAGUUCUAAAAAGACAAUUACUUCACUUGCAUUUUCAUCAGAUGGCAAGUAUUUGGCCACUGGAGAGUGUGGUCACCAGCCUCAUGUCAGAGUGUGGGAUGUUCAGGAAAAAGUACAAGUAGCAGAGUUUCAAGGACACAAAUAUGGAAUAAAUUGUGUUGCAUUCUCACCAAAUCUGAAGUAUGUUGUAUCUGUUGGUUCACAACAUGAUAUGAUUGUAAAUGUUUGGGAUUGGAGAAAUAAUGUUAAAGUUGCUUCCAAUAAAGUUUCAUGUAAAGUUAAAGCACUUUCAUUUGCAUCAAAUGGAAAUUAUUUUGUAACAGUAGGAAAUAGACAUGUGAAAUUCUGGUAUCUAGAAUAUUCCAGAUCUACUAAAUAUAAACUGGAACCUGUGCCAUUGAUGGGGCGGUCUGCUAUUUUAGGUGAUCAGCGAAAUAACUAUUUUUGUGAUGUAGCUUGCGGGAAAGGUGAUAUGGUUGAUAGUACUUAUGCAAUUACCAAAUCUGGCCUUCUCUGUGAAUUUAACAGUCGUCGUCUUUUAGACAAGUGGGUUGAAUUAAGAACUACUAGUGCCAACAGUAUUUCAGUAGGAGAAAAUUUAAUAUUCAUUGGUUGUGCAGAAGGUGUCAUACGAUGUUUCAACCCUUAUAGCCUUAAUUUUAUAUCCACAUUGCCAAAGCCUCAUGUUUUAGGAAUUGAUGUUGCAAAAGGUUUAGUUGGAAGUAAACCUGUUUCAUCUCAUCUGUCAAAUAUAAAAUAUCCGGAUACAAUUGCCAUUGCUUUGGAUGCAAUUAAUAAAAAGGUCACUUGUGUAUAUAAUGAUCAUAGUCUUUAUGUUUGGGAUGUUAAAGAUACCAAAAAAGUUGGGAAAUCUCAUUCAUUUAUGUAUCAUAGUGCUUGCAUAUGGGGUGUUGAAAUAUAUCCUGAGCUUCCUGAAGGUUCAAAGAACAUUCUUCCUAAAGAAACAUUUCUCACAUGCUCCAGCGAUGAUACUAUUAGAUUCUGGAACUUAGAACCUGUCUUAGAACAAGAUACAGCAUAUCAUCGGAACGUUUUUAGUUCUGAGUUGCUCAAAAUAUUGUAUGUUGAUCCUGAGCUUUCAUACCUGUGUGAUACUGAUGUAAAUACUAGUGGUAGUAAUGACAAAGUUGACACUACAUACGAUGGAAAAAAUGGUGUUAGGUGUUUACGGAUAAGUCUAGAUGGGAGGCAUUUAGCAUCAGGAGAUCGCUCUGGCAAUAUUAGAAUACACGAUUUAAAAUUUGUUGAAGAAUUAUGUAAAAUAGAAGCUCAUGAUUCAGAAGUUUUAUGUCUUGAAUAUUCAAAACCCAUCACAAUCAAUGGUGUUGAACGAAAAUACCUUGCUUCUGCAAGUAGAGAUAGGCUUAUACAUGUUUUUGAAGUUAAACAAGAAUAUACAUUUCAGCAGACAUUAGAUGAUCAUUCUUCUUCAAUCACAGCAGUGAGAUUUGUACAGGGUGAUCAAGAUCUUCAGAUGAUUUCAUGUGGUGCUGACAAGUCAAUAAUAUUUAGAAAAGCAGUUUUUAAUCCUCAGCUAUCUUUAUUGAGGGAGCAUCAUGUUGUAGGAAAAACUACUCUGUAUGACAUGGAAGUUGAUAUUCAGCAGAAACACAUUUUGACUGCUUGUCAAGAUCGCAAUAUAAGAGUUUAUUCUGUUAUGAAUGGUAAACAUGGGCGUUGUUUUCGUGGUUCACAAGGGGAAGAUGGAACCUUAAUCAAGGUGGUGCUUGAUAACUCUGGAACUUACUUAGCUACAAGUUGCACAGAUAAGAGCUUAUAUCUGUAUGAUUACAAUAGUGGUGAAUGCUUAGCAACUAUGUUUGGGCAUUCAGAACUUGUGACUGGUCUAAAGUUUACAAAUAAUGGACGCCAUCUGAUUUCUGUUUCUGGAGAUGGAUGUAUAUUUCUCUGGAGGUUGCCAAUUGAUGUUACCCAAACUAUGCUGAAUAAACAAAUCAGUGAAGGUAUUGGAUUACCAAAUUUAUGGCAGGAUAAUAGAAAAAGUACUGUUGCUGUCACAAAGCCUCUACAGUUGCUUGAAGCAAGUGAGGAAAAGAAUGCAGAUGAAACUGAUCUAGUCAAUGAAAAUAAUCAUAUUGAAAUUACACCUCCGGGAUAUCGUUUUAGUGUUGGACAGCUUCCACUUUGGGCCAAAAAACAGAUGUUGGAGAAACUUCAAGAAAGUCCAGGCAUAAAUCAAAAUCUUCCACCACCUGUACCUCCUCGUGGAAGAUGGGCCCAGCGAAUUGAUGGACAAGGUUUAGUAGUUCGAUCUUACUUGGACUCUGAUUCUGUCAUUCCAUUCCCUAAUGUUCCAGAUGGAUCUGAAAAUUCUAGCAGCAAACAAGAAAAGGAGGAUUCCAGUAAUAAUGAGUUCAACAAUGUCUCAGAAAUAAAGAACUCUUGCUUUGAAGUUUCGGAAGAGAGUGUAAGAGAAAUUUUAAAUGGAAAUUCAUUGGAAGAAACUAGAAUGAAAAUCAGUAAAGUCACGACACGGAGCUCUAUAAAAAGUCUCAAUAGUUUGAACAAUAGACGGGAUAAAUUACGCCCUUUGUCUUCUAGUAGCAAUAUCAGAUUAGAAGAAAUAGAUGCAGAAGAUGAAAGAUCCGAUUCUGAAAUAAGUGAAAUGGUAUACUACCCAGCAUCUGAAGAUGAAUCUGAUGUUCCUGAUGGAUCUUUCCUUGUGUGUGCAAAUAAUGAAAAUAACAUCAAAGCCUCCCAGAAACCAAAGCAUGAAAAGCUUUUAAAUGAAAAACCAAUUGCAAAUACAUCAGAGCAUAUUGAGACAAAUAGUGAUGAUGAAGAAGCCAGUACCCCUGUUGAUAGUGAACGAUCCUUUCUUAGUUCCUUGUGUAUUAGUACAGAAAAUUUAGAGAGGUUGGGGCAGAGAGAAAAAUUUAUGAAAAGUAAUUAUGAAAGCCUUGAAAAGACAGAUUCUGUUGAUUUACACCAAAACGAUGUAGAAGAUAAGAAUUUAUACAGACAGAGUAUUUCUGCUAAAUUUCUAGCAGGUUCACUUACGCCAUUGAAAAGGUCAUAUAUGAAUGGAGCAAAAAGUCCUGUAGUUCCUGAAAGACAGCUUACCACACCAACAAAGAAAAGAGAAGAACUUUUAAAAGCACUGAAUGAAGCAAAGAAAAAACUGGAAACGGUAGGGUAUCGGAGUGGAUUGAGUAGUAGCAAAAGUAUUGCAGAUUUACAUAGUACACCUGACCGUGAAAUUUUUAAAUCACCUAAAUAUUGUUCUCCUGAAGGAGAUAUUCGUAGAGCUGCUUCAAUGACAGAUCUUUCUAUGAGUGCUCAAAAUAGAUGGCGCUUAUUUUCUACACCUAGUAAAUCAAAAGAGAAAACAGAACUUGCUGCACCUUUAUGGAACCAAAGCAAAAUAUAUCAUGUUGACAUAUCUCCACCAGCAUCUCCAAAUCAAAAUAAAACUUUAGCCUCACCUCAUCUAAAUCAGAGCAUUCGAAAAACGGAGACAACUCAUUCAGAAACGCUAUCUAGGAGCAAUAGUGCUAGUUCUUUAUAUGCUAAAAAUCAGAACUUAUCUACCUCCUUGCAUAAAAAUACUCUGGAUAGAUCAUCUCCUCAACCUGUGGGAUCUGAUUCUGCAUUUUCAUUGCUUUCUAAGAAUUCAAUUAAUUCAUCUGGACGUCAUAAUCUUCCCUCAUUGCCAAGCAGACAUCAUAUUCCUAGCAUGGUGACCACAGCUCCUCUAGCAACAGAUUCUUCUUCCGAUUCUUCCCCUACAGAAUCAACCUGUGUAAAAAAUGGAAGACCACUUGUUUCACCCAGACCAUUUAAUUUCAGAAACAGACAUUUUAGUUUAAGUGAAAGUGUAAAUUCGCCAAAUACUAAGGUUGUGACUGUAGAAAAUUCAAAUGAAGGACUACAGAAGUUAAAAUUGAAAUCACGUAGUGAAUGGGAUUUAAAAAAUAGUUCCAUGGAGGAAAAUUAUAAGACCAGUGACUCUUGGCAGAGCAGCCGUUAUUUAUCGUACUCUCCUCGUAAAAAUUAUAUUCGCCCACUGAAGUUAAAUCCUACUGGUGCAUCCACCACAGGCUUUCCAUUAUCUAAUUCACAUAGUUCUGAAAAUAGAAAGAGUGUCAAUCCUCCUGAACAAAUUCCAUUCCUGGCCUGGGAUCCUGAAUCUGUACCAUUGACUCCCGAGGUAUGUGAAAAUGUUGCUGAAAACCUAACUAGAAUUACAUCACUAAGUAUGCAAGUAUUUCAAAGACUCACAUUAGCUACUGAUCUUCCAUCAGAAGAAAAAUCAGCUAUGACUAACACACUUGCUCAAGGUGUUUGGCAAGCACAACAAAAUCUCCGCCCAGCAAUCCCACCUAUGAAUCCGUGGUCAGUUCCCAUGGAAAAUUCCUAUGAUCCAAGUCUCAGAAAACUUCCUGGCCUUAAUUUCCCUUUAUCAAAUGGAGACUUACAUGACCCAUCUGUGCAAAGACCCCACAUUUCUACUCAGCCUGACGUUAUUAAUACGAUGGCACUCCUCGAACAAUAUUCUGAUAAACUUCUGAGUCUUGUUGAGCAGAAAAUAUCAAGUAGUCAUGAAAAGCCAAAAAAUUAAAUUUUUAAUUGUGUUGUAUAGAGAAUGUAUGGGGUAUGAGUGUUUUGUGUAUUUAGUAUACUUGCACUAUGAAUGUUUUUUCAUUUUAUAUUUUAAGUUCAAACUAAAAUUCAUUUUAGUGGGAAAAAAACUACAUACAUUCCAAAUAUAUAAUAUUUUUUUAAAGCCAGAAAGUAAAACUAUAAAUAUAAGUUUAUACUCAAACUUUAAAUGCUGUUCUUUUUCUUCACCCCCCCCUUGAGUUCUUUUGAGUCGAAACAUGUAAUUUCUGUAUAACUUGAAUGUUUCAGAUUAAUUUUGCUUUUUUAUAUCAUACGCAGUUUUAGACAGAGUUCAACAAAUAAGCACGAAUUGUUUAAAAAGUGACUUAAGCAACUUUUUAUUAAGUAUUAAAUGUAUUGCAUUUUUAAAUAUUAGGAAGAGACCAUACUUUUAUUUUUAGAAAUUAUUUUAAUAUUUUCUUUUCCAUUAGUUUUAAUGAGAACUCUCCAGAAUAUUUAAUUAUUGAUGAAGUUGUAAAAUGUGCUAAAUUUAGCAAGUAUUAUAAUUUAAAGUACUGUAACCUGUGUGUUAAAGGAAAAUAUUAAAAAUAAGAGAAGUUUCUCCAUCCAGGGGAAAGAUUCAUAAGUUAUUAAUUAUAAAAGCAGUUUUUCAUCAAAAUUGUAAAUUUAUUUUUAAUUUCCAUUAAAAAUGUUUUAUGGACCACAUUUUUUUUUUUUUUUUUUUUUUGCUGCUUCAGUAGAUAAGCAUUUGCUUUUAAAUAUUCUUUUAUUCAUGAUGUAUUAUGUAUAAAAUAACAUACAAUUCAUGAAACAUAUAUUUAAAAAGGAAAAAAAGAAACAGUAAAUUGAAUGUUUUUCCUAUUUAAGAAAGUACAGUAUGUGCAUCAUAAAAACUGCUUUUAAUACUAUCUUCAUGCUGUAUUGUAUAUAGGGGAAAUAGAUCAGGUAUCAUGAGGGUAAAAGGCAAAACUAUUUUAAUAUUUGUAUUUCAUUUCUAUUUUCCCAUUCAUUAGUUUUAUUUUUUAAUUGAAACAAUAAAAUAAUGAUUUACAGAAUUUUUUUUUUAAUUUCAAAAACUACUUUUAAAAACCGGGAAGGGGAGGAAAGCAGUUGGCUCUUGCAGCAAAAAUGGUAUUUGUAAACUUUUAAGAAUGGUUGCAGUUCAGUUUUUGGGUUCUGUUCUUAUAGACAAUAUUCAGCAUUGGUUCUUCAAGUGAAGAACAUUACUGUUUUAUUUAUUCUAUUUUAGAAAAUAUUUUAAUAAUUAAGUAAAGUAAACCAGUUCAGAUGGGAAAAUUCAGACCUGCUUAUAGUACUACAUUCUACUGAAAUGUUUAAAUGCACUUUGCGUAUUAUACUCUUAUACCAAAUAGCUCUAGUCAAAAUGUGUAUUAUAAAUACCAGUGAAAUAAAAUUAGUAGUACAGUUAUAUUUUAUUUCAUAAUAAAGAUACAUACUGUCAAUACAAUUUAUUGAAAUCCAGUAUUAAGCUUUAAUAGCAUGCAUUAGUGAAAAUUAAUUUUAACCAUCAUCUACUCUUUGAAAAUUUUCGCAAAUGGCAUUAUUCAUUAAUCAUCUUUAUGCCUCAUUAAUAUAUUUUUUUUAUUCUUUCUUAUGAUUUUUAUGUUCCUUAUAUUGUAUGUUAUGAAUAUGUUAAAUAGCUUUUAGUGUAUUUCAAAAUAUAUGCGUAAUGUGAUUCUGUUUAAAGUCUCCCUCCCCUAAAACCAUUUAGUGUAAUUAAUCAAGGGACCAUUACUUUCCUUUACAGUAAUUUAUUAUACCUGAUAUAAUUACAUCAAAAGCUAUUGACCACAUAUCAGUUUUGCUUGGCUAAACAUAUGAAUUGUAACAUGAAGAUUUCAUUAAAUGACUAAUAAGAUUUUAGUCCCUCUCUUUUAUUUGCUGUUUAUGAUCAUGAGAAAAUUAUAAUGAACGUUUGCAUUUUUUUAAAUUAAUGUAGUAAUGCUAUUGUACGCAGCAAGCAAAUUAUUUCUAACUGAAAUUUCUAUCAAGUAUAGUUUAUUUUUGCAAAUAUUACUCCAGUAUUUUUUUAACAUAUUGCAUAUCAAAAUGAAAAUGAAAAUAAUGUAUAAUUAUUAGAUCUUUUAUUUCAGUAUUUUGUUACCAAAAUAGGCAAGUUGUAAGAUUAUAUUGCUUCUGAAGUAUUAUUUUGUGUGAGUGCACCAUGUGUAAUUCAUGUAAAUAUUUGUGAAAAAAACUGAUGUAUACAUAAUACAAGUGUCUUCCACUGUUUGAAAGCAGUGAAUAAAAAUUUUUAAGAUUUUAAA